AUGCAAUAUAAUAUUACUCACGACGGCCCCCGUGCUGUACAUUACAUCCCCAGGCCUUAUCACAGGAAGUUUGUGCCUUUCAGCCCCCUCGUACCCCUGUCCUUAGGCUCCGAGUCCCAAAUGAAGAGACGAUGGAGGAAUCCCAUCUCUGAGGAACUUCCCACGAACUCCCAGGACGCGGGGACGAGCCGCAGGGCUUCCCCUCGCAGCCCGCAGCCCUCAGCAAGCCGCCGCGCAUCCAGAAGCGGGCAGCUCGCCCCCUCCCCGCUGCCCCGCGGGCCUUUGCCAGGGCAAAGUAAUAAGUCAGGAGUUAGGACCCAGGGCUACGCGAGCCUCGCACGGCCGGCAGCUGAGUGGAGGUGGAUGAGGGGACUUCGCCAAACUGCCCGUGGGGCUGGGCGGGGGCUGCUCCAGCCGCUGCAGGUGCCUGCCUCCCCUCGCCCCGGUGCAAACCGCUCAACAAGCAGGAACCUGUCCUCCGGAGGCUCGCCCAUGGCGCUGGCAGGCUUUAUCCUGGCGCUCGUCGCCCUUGGGGUCCCCUCAGACAUCAGCUCACCCUCUGACAUUGGCAACAUGGAUCAAAACCUAUACAGGACCCUGAAAGAGCAGAUGUGCUCACUUCCAACUAUCCUCACAGAGCCGCCCAGCCGACCUGCUCCUCUAAUGCAGCUUGGCUUGCCUUACGUCCUUGUGAUUCCAGCAGCUGCCGCGGAAUUCAGUUCAGCAGCAGAGAAUGAAGAUGCCCUCCUCAGACACUUGUUCCAGGGUUAUCAGAAAUGGGUUCGCCCUGUAUUACAUUCUAAUGACACCAUAAAAGUAUACUUUGGAUUGAAAAUAUCUCAGCUGGUAGAUGUGGAUGAAAAGAACCAACUGAUGACAACAAAUGUGUGGCUCAAACAGGAAUGGACAGACCACAAAUUACGCUGGAAUCCUGAUGAAUAUGGUGGAAUUCAUUCCAUUAAAGUCCCAUCAGAAUCUCUCUGGCUUCCUGACAUAGUUCUCUUUGAAAACGCAGAUGGCCGUUUUGAGGGCUCCCUCAUGACCAAAGCCGUCGUGAAAGCGAAUGGGACGGUCGUGUGGACCCCUCCUGCCAGCUACAAAAGCUCGUGCACCAUGGACGUCACGUUCUUCCCCUUCGACCGGCAGAACUGCUCCAUGAAGUUCGGGUCCUGGACCUACGAUGGCGCCAUGGUCGACCUCGUGUUGAUCGACGACAGUGUCGACAGAAAGGACUUCUUUGAUAACGGGGAGUGGGAGAUCCUGAAGGCCAGGGGGACGAAGGGGAGCCGAAGGGACGGCCCCUACUCGUACCCCUUCGUCACCUACUCCUUGGUGCUGCGCCGCCUGCCCCUGUUCUACACCCUGUUCCUGAUCGUCCCCUGCCUGGGGCUGUCCUUCCUCACGGUGCUCGUCUUCUACCUCCCCUCCCAGGAGGGGGAGAAGCUCUCCUUGUCCACCUCAGUCUUGGUUUCCCUGACGGUUUUUCUUUUAGUGAUUGAGGAAAUAAUCCCAUCGUCCUCCAAGGUCAUCCCUCUCAUUGGGGAGUACCUACUGUUCAUUAUGAUUUUCGUGACCCUGUCCAUUAUCGUCACCGUGUUUGUCAUUAACGUUCAUCACAGAUCUUCCUCCACCUACCAUCCCAUGGCCCCCUGGGUCAAGAGGCUCUUUCUGCAAAAACUUCCGAAGUGGCUUUGCAUGAGGGACCACGUGGAUCGCUACCCUUCCCCCGGGAAAGAAGAGAGGGAGCGGGCGGUGCAAGGGCAAGUCCCAGGAAGGAAGAAACAGAAGCAGCGGAGUGAGGGCGAGGCAGUUCUGGUCGCUUUCCUGGAAAAGGCCGCCGAUUCCAUUCGCUACAUCUCGGGGCACGUGAGGAAAGAGCAUUUCGUCAGCCAGGUAGUACAAGACUGGAAAUUCGUAGCACAAGUUCUGGACCGAAUCUUCCUGUGGCUCUUUCUGACAGUGUCUGUGAUGGGCUCCAUUCUGAUUUUUACCCCCGCUUUGAAGAUGUGGCUACAUAGUUACCACUAGGGGCAAGUCUCCAGAGCAAUCUAAUAUCCACACCAUAAAGACAAAAUUACACCUUAGAGCUGACAUCCAGCCAGCAUGUAUAUACACUACCCAAAUGUGCAUGCUCUUUGGAAGGGCCUGAGCAGUCCUCAUGGAAACUGAACCUUGGUAAAUGUGCAUUUACCCACAGUAAAUUCAUGGCUGCCAUU